CAUCACUCCACCACCAAGCACUCUCCCAUUCUCCCAUCCACGCGAGCCACUCUCGUCUGCCCUUGCAGCUCGCGCCUUUCUUUGCUACAGCUUGUAAUAUCACGUUGUCUCGAGCUUGUCUCGGUCACGUUCUUAUCUUUGCCCGUCCGCCACGACACCACACCGCCAUCCUCUACAACUCCCUCUAGCAUCCUCUAGACACCACACUCGCAGUCACAAUGGCCGAAGAACAGAAACCUCUCGCUGCUGAGACACCAGCCAUCGUCGAGCCCACGCCGGCGCCCGCAGAGACACCCGCCGUUGAGACAAAGGCGGAGGAACCAGCUGCUACCGAGCCCGCCACCGAGACACCCGCCACGGCUGAGACACCUGCGGAGGCUGCUCCCGCCGCCGAGGAGAAGGUCACGAAGGCUGAGAAGCCCGUCGAGCCCAUCACCUCUGGUGCCUUGGGCUACAAGGCUCCCGGCCUGAAGAACGCCUUCCGCUACUCUAAGAAGUACUUCUGGUUCGGCGACGAGCCUGUCUCCGCGCAGAGCCUCAGCACCUACCUCCGCGGCGAGAAGCCCGAGGUUGCGCAGCCAACCGUCGCCUGGUCCACCCAGACCGGCAAGGGACUGCUAUACUUUGUCAAGCACGCCGACCAGAAGGCCACCCCGGCUGGGGUUCUAAACUUGGCUGAUGCCACCGAGCUCACCAAGGAUGGCGUCGUUGCUUUCCACCUCAAGAUCCACGGCCACAAGCACGCCUUCGAGACCAGCACCGCCCCCGAGCGCAACGGAUGGUAUGUCUCCUUCGAGACGGCCAUCGCAGAGGCCAAGGAGGCGAAGAAGGACCUCAUCGAGUCUGCUGGGUACAAGGAGCAGCUCGAGAAGCUUGGCAAGCCCGCCACGCUAGCCGUCGCCUCCGCGUCUGCCGCUAAGGAGACCGCCCCCAAGAAGAGCACCGAGGUCAAGCCGACCGAGCCCGCCGCUGCUCGCACGGGCUCGUCCUCGAGCAGCAGCAGCUCUGACAACGAGGAAAAGAAGAAGAAGAAGGCUUCCAAGAGCAAGAGCCGUUCCGUUUCCCGCGGCAAGCGCGCCAGCGUCUUCGGCACCCUUCUGGGCAAGAAAGAGAAGCUCGAGGAGAAGAAGGAAGAAAAGAAAGAGGAAAAGAAGGAAGAAAAGGCUGCCGAGGAGGGUGAGCCAUCUACUGCCGCUGCAGUCGAGCCCGUCGCUGCUGCUCCCGUUGCCGAAGCCACCACCGAAGAGACUCCCGCCCCUGCUGUUGCAGAGGCCACUGAGGCCCCUAAGACCGAGGAGGUUGCUCCCGUCGCCGAGACCACCGAGGCCAAGCCCAAGCCCACCAAGCGUGGCUCCAUCUUCGGCAACUUCGUUGAGAAGCUAAGGAGCCCGACCACUGAGAAGAAGGAGCCAGAAUUCGCUCCCCCCGUUCCCGCCAAGGAGGAGCCUGUCUCUGCUGAGGCGCCCCAGAUCGCGGAGCCGGUUGAACCUGUUGUCGCCGCUGAGACUGCCGAGGCGCCCAAGGUCGAAGAGGCACCCAAGACCGAGACUCCCGCUAUCACCACUCCCGCCAAGGAGAAGGAGCACUUCUCGUUCAGCAAAUUCUUGAAGAGCGACAAGGCCAAGUCCCCGUCCACUGAGACUGCCCCUGCCGUGAAGACUGAGAACGAGGCUCCGAAGAUUGAGGAAACACCUGCCGUUGCUCCGGCCGAAACCGAGGCGGCUCCUGCUGUUGUCGAGCCCAAGGCAGAGGAGCCCGCCGUCGCCAAGGAGGAGGCCACCCCUGCCGCCCACAAGGCCAAGCGUGGUUCCAUCUUCGGCAACCUCACCAACAGCGCCAAGAAGGAGAAGUCUACUGACAGCGAGACUGCUGAGCCUAAGAAGGAGAACAAGCUUACUGGUCUGUUCCGCAGCGCCAGCAAGUCGGUCAAGCCGCUCGCCAAGAAGGAGAAGGAGCCUGCCACCCCGGCCAAGGUUGAGGAGGAGAAGGUUGAGGAGCCCGCUACCGCUGCCGAGACCACCCCUGCUGCCGAGUCCCAGACAGAGCCUCAGUCCAUCGGCGACGUCGUUCCAGAUGCGGUUACAGUAGGGCAGGCCCCCAAGAGCACGACCGAGGUCUCAGCUACUGCAUAAAGUAUGGUGGGAAGACCCUUCAUACGUCGACGACAGCCAUGAUGGAAUGACGGAAAAGCGGAAACGCAUGUCUCUUGUUUGACCGGACGGACCACCCAGCGACUAUGCACCGAAUCUAGGAUACGGCUCUGAUAUCUUCCCGAUGCAGAGCUAGACUUGGAUUACACACAAGCCUCUCACUACUCAUAUACCCGUACACACCAUCAUUUCGAACCGCAUCACCAACCCUCUGCCGCUCGCUCAUCCACAACAAAAAAGGAUAUACCCGUGGGUUUUUUACGUCUCGCGUUGCAUCGCGCAUGCUUGGUGGCCUCCAGCCGCCCCUGCGCUGUUUUUAUUGCUCUUGUUUUUAUGUCGGACGUCCGCGUCUAGAUUGAUACCACUGUUGCACCCCUAGUUUUUGCUUUUG